UCCGUAAAGGUGAUUGGAACAUGCACGACUAACAGACAAAGUGAAAUGGAAUAUAAACAGUUGGUCUAGUUAGUAAAAAGAUCCGAGUACACCAGGUGAAAAGACAAACAUAGCAAUGACUGACAGGCGGUGCAGAGUGGAUGCUGAUGGGGGACGAUAAGGAGACCUGGAAAGUUAAAACUCUCGACGAAAUCCUACUUGAGAAGAAACGUAGAAGAGAAUUGGAAGAGAAAGCAGACCCCAAGCGCCAGAAAAAUUCCACACAGAGCCUUGUUCCACAGGCGGAUGAUCGGGAAUCCAAACGAGACACUCCGGAGGAAGGAGAACUACAGGAUCAGAGAAUGGAAAUAACAAUUCGUAAUUCCCCGUACACACGGGAGGACUCAACCGAGGACAGAGGAGAGGAAGAUGACUCGUUAGCUAUCAAGCCUCCACAGCAGAUUGCCAGGAAAGACAAAUCUCACCACAGAAAGGAGGAAAAAAGAAAAGAUAAGAGACGUCACCGCAGUCACUCUGAGGAAGGAGUAGUUAAACAUGUCCGACCGAAAGACAAAGAAAAAGAGCGAGAGAGUGAGCGCAGGAAGCGUCAGUGGGAGGAGGACAAAGCCCGGCGAGACUGGGAGAGGCAGAAACGAAGGGAACAGGCCAGAGCUCAUUCUCGAAGAGAGAGACCUCGAGUGGAAUCUCCUGGGUUUUUUUUGGACCACAGGGACCGCCUGGAGCAGCAGGAGCGCCAGCGUGAACGGGAUAGAAAGCUGCGAGAACAGCAGAAAGAGCAACGAGAGCUCAAGGAGCGAGAGAGGAGGGCGGAGGAGCGACGCAAAGAAAGAGGGGGUCGACGAGAAGUGCCGUCUCACCACAGGAUGCUCCCUGAUGACUAUGAUGAUAAGACAAAACUAAUUCACCGCAGCCGCAGUCCUACCCGCCUUCCCCAAAACAGAUCUGAACACAGUGAACCACGCACGAGUGCAACAUUGAAGGAUGAGAAGCCGGAUAUCAAAGACCUGCUUGCAGACCUUCAGGACAUCAGUGACAGUGAAAGGAAAACCAGCACUGCAGAUUCCUCCAUCGCGUCAGGAUCAGGCUCUGAUGAAGAGGAUGAUGAAGAGGAAGAGGAGUCCAGCAGCCAGAGUGAGGGUGCAGAAGAAGAGGGCGAUGAAGGGGAGUCAGUCACAUGCUCGGAAAGGUCUGAGCAGAGUGCAGAGGAUGUGAGUGAGGACGAGCAGUCGGAGGAAGACUUGAGUGAAGUGGAAAAUGGAAAUCACAUCCCUGCAGUGCCCGAGUCCCGUUUCGACCACGACUCAGAGGAAAGUGGAGAAGACAUGGAGGAUGAUGAUGAUGAGGAGGGUGAGGAUGAAGCAGGUGAUGGUGACCCCACUCCUCAGUCUCAGACCCACUCACGCUCCCCCACUCCCGAAGAGAAUUACAUCCCAGACUCUCCCCCAAUUUCUCCUGUGGAGCUGAAGAAGGAGCUGCCAAAGUACCUGCCUGCUUUACAGGGUUGUCGCAGUGUUGAGGAGUUCCAGUGUCUGAACCGAAUAGAGGAGGGGACCUAUGGUGUAGUGUACAGAGCCAAGGACAAAAAGACUGAUGAGAUUGUGGCCCUGAAAAGGCUGAAGAUGGAGAAGGAGAAGGAGGGCUUCCCCAUAACCUCUUUAAGAGAAAUCAAUACCAUUCUGAAAGCUCAACACCCAAACAUCGUCACCGUGAGGGAAAUAGUUGUUGGAAGCAAUAUGGACAAGAUCUACAUUGUGAUGAACUAUGUAGAACAUGACCUGAAGAGUCUGAUGGAAACAAUGAAGCAGCCCUUCCUACCAGGUGAAGUAAAGACUCUGAUGAUUCAGCUGCUUCGAGGAGUCCGACAUCUCCAUGACAACUGGAUUCUGCAUCGUGACCUGAAGACGUCCAAUCUGCUGCUGAGCCACAAGGGAAUCCUCAAGAUUGGUGACUUUGGUUUGGCGCGGGAGUACGGUUCCCCCCUGAAGCCGUACACACCUGUGGUGGUGACCCUGUGGUACCGCUCACCAGAUCUGCUGCUUGGAGCCAAGGAGUACUCAACAGCUGUGGACAUGUGGUCAGUGGGCUGCAUAUUUGGCGAGCUCCUGACCCAGAAGCCUCUGUUCCCUGGAAAAUCUGAAAUUGACCAAAUUAACAAGAUUUUUAAGGAUUUGGGGUCACCGAGUGAGAAGAUCUGGCCCGGCUACAACGAGCUGCCCGCUGUGAAGAAGAUGACUUUCACAGAGUAUCCCUACAACAACCUGCGAAAGCGAUUUGGAGCGCUGCUCUCAGACCAGGGCUUUGACCUCAUGAACAAAUUCCUUACUUACUGCCCCAGUAAGAGGAUUGUGUCCGACGAGGCACUGAAGCACGAGUACUUCAGAGAGACGCCACUGCCCAUCGAACCGUCCAUGUUCCCCACCUGGCCGGCCAAGAGCGAGCAGCAGCGGGUGAAGAGAGGCACCAGUCCCCGUCCCCCCGAGGGAGGCCUGGGCUACAGUCAACUGGGUGACGAUGACCUGAAAGACACCGGCUUCCACCUGACGACCAGCAACCAGGGAGUGUCAGCAGUUGGCCCAGGAUUCAGCCUCAAGUUCUGAGCCCAGGAAUGCACAACACCUGGCUGUCGCACUGAGGAAGAGGGGGAGCAAAGAGUUCUGGGACUUUUUGGAUUACUGUCUGAUCCAUAACAACUCUCACCAAAUAGUCAGGACUGUCUCACAGCAAGACUGGUGGCUCAAAACAAAUUAGAAUUUUCCCUCUACUUUUAACCAACUUCUGUCAUAAAUCUGUCACGUUCAGCUAUCAUGUUAGACUUUUAUUUUUAUUUUCCCUUUUAUACUUCAUGAGAGAGGAGCUGAUUUUAUAAAUGGUUGGCAUUUCCUGGCUGCCGGAGCUACUGUAUAAUGAUGCAGAAUUGGCUGUGUUUUCCCUCCAGCAUAAUGUUAAAAAUCUACUUGGGCCUGUCAGCUCACUUGAUGACAGCGGGAUGAUGUUUUUGUUAGAAAUAAAGCUUGAAACUUUG